GUUCCCUCAUGUCGGUCGAUGGCUGAUGACGAAUCAUCCAACAUCCUUGGGGGUCGGCGAUGUCCGGUCCGUGUUUCCGCGUUUCAGCCUGCAAGCCAUCCUUCUAUCAGGCGGGAGGGGAAGGACGUUCUUGAAACGGCUCUUUGGUGAAGGUUUGCGUUUCAGAAGAUCACAAGAUCUCAGCAAAAUCUCAGCAAACGUCCGUAAUCAUGUCAGGACGGCGGGCAGUUCGCGAGAAAAUCGUCAGAAGCUCAAAGGCAUCAGGUCACAAAAACGAAACAAGGGGAUAAAAUUUCAUUACGGUCUCUAUCCGACGGAUCGCGAAAAUGACCGACAUCGAGGAGGCGAGAACGUCGGGAUCUUUUGUCCAGCUUCUUGCCAAUUAGUACGUAAGGAGGGAAUGGCGGUUGGCAUCCUUUGUCCAGUUCCUCACAGCUCUCGAGUUCCAAGAAUCACCGGUUUCUCCCGCCUUUUGGGCCGUGGAGAGGAGGCAAGACGAAGAGGAAAGCUGAUCAGAUACGAUGAAUCGAUCCAAACCAUACAUUCCCAUCUUGAGAGCCACACGUCGUUCUCCAUCGAUACACUCACUCCCCGGCACACCUGUUCUUAUUCACAAGCCAUGUCUUACUCCAGUCAAUCCAUCUCCAACCGCGAGCCGACUCGUGACAGCUCUAUAGAAUCUGGGUACAUCCUCGAUAGAGUGGAGAAUGGCAUCACCCAGAGAGCACACCAGGCAAUACAACAGACUUACCGUGGACUAGGAGCGGAAGCGACUGGACAACCGGCGUAUGCUACCAAUGCGUAUGCUGUUCUGGAAGUAUUUUCGUUUGAACAACGGAGGCUGGGUGAUAAUAGGAUAUCUCUGCCCGAUGCGAACCGCUACAAGAUGGCCAACGCUAUCUCCCUAGUGGUCCCACCGCAAUGCCCAGAUGCCACAGACCCACCACAGACUCAAAAUCAUGCCGCUGCUGCUCCUAUUCCAGGUCUUGUCGCGACGGGACAAAAUCUCGCUAAGAAGGUCAAGCGCCUCGCGCCAUCCGUAACCUUGCUACCGACGAGCCAGCCUUCCCCUUGCAUCCCUUUCAUGGCUCGACAAACAGCGAACGCACCUUUCCAUACAAAUUCCUGCCUUCGACAGGGAAUUCAAGCCCACUUGAAACUGACAGACCUCGUUAUCGUCACCUUCCACUCCCGAUUCAUCGAGUGCUUCACAAUGUCAGUCUGGGGCGACGACGAUACUUCGUAUCUCAGUGAUGAUGGAUCCAGUCGAGACGACAGGCCGCCCAACUUUCGUGGCGAUAUCUACAAAGAGAUCGAAUAUAUUUACGACAACACAGACGAGGAGAGACAUCAUCAACACGCCCUGAACGAAUACUUGCAGGGCGCCAUGAACCAGUGUGGUAUCCAGCUGCCCGAACGGAAAGCUGGCAGGAUGAAGUUUGCGGUUACUCAAGUCUUGAAUGACUAUUCCUGGGAGCUCUGGCGCACCCUUCUCUGGGACCGACUGGUUUCCAUUUCCCGUUCGAAUCCUUUACAUGGGAAACUUUCCAGUGUUCUGCGGACAGACCACGAGGCGCCCUCUCGUAUUCUAGUGAUCGAACAGACGCUCUUAGCUCACCUUCGCUGCUGUAAGACCCAGACGGGACAUUCUUGAUUCAUGAAACGUUCUCUAUGCUUGUGCAUGCACG